UGGCCCGAACAACAGCAUGUUUUGUCCUUACACUAGUGGAGAAAGCCUUUACUGAUUCAUUUUUAUACCUAAAUUUCACAUACCUUGAAAUUUAUGUAACUUGCUCUAGGUACGCUAUUGGGACCAGAGAUGUGCGGGGCAUUGAUUUUCCAUCCCCCGCGGGGCCCGCCCCGUAAAAUUCACAAACCCGUCCCGUCCGAACCCCGUGGUUAUUCUUUUUGAGAAUCCCCGCCCCGCCUGUGCCCCGGCAAAUCUAUACCCGCUCCGCCCAUAUCCCGCACAGGCAGCUUCUUGGACCAGCCCGCCCGACCCGCCAUUUUUGUGACGGGCCCCGACCCGUCCCCGUGUAACCCGAAGAAAUUUUUUAUUUACCAGAUACUUUAUUUUUAAUGACGCAUUCCUUUUAUGAAAAAUCAUUUUUUACAAAAACAAAACUCAAGUCUAUAUGAGAUGGUUUUAAAUGGUUCACUUUAUGAUUGUCGACAAGCACGUAUUUUUGUGGUUGUUCUUUUAAAAACAUUUUUAUAUUUGACGAAUUACAUUUAAUAUUACUCGAUGGGCAAUGACUGAGAGAUGAAGAAAUAAUUGUAGAUGAACGAUCAGUAUUCGACGAAGCUGUCCUAUUAAGUGAUUCAUCAGGAGAUAAAUCAUGUAAUUCGAUGAUACUUAUUAGGUCUGACCAAAAGUUCUGGCAACAUUAUAUAAAAAUAUAAAGGUAAGUAGGCAGCUUUAAUUUUAUUUUAUCAAAUAUUGAGGACAGUUGCCAUGAUUAUUUAUACCAAGUUCGAACCUUUCCAACAAUUUGUUAAAAGUUUUUUUCGAAAAAAGUUUUAGAUAUCGCACGAGCUUAUCAUGUUUCAUUUAUUUAAUCAGUUAAACUACACUUAAUAGAAUUAGUUAGCGAAAAGUUACAUAGUAUCAGGCCUGGCGAAUAUGAUAGAUAUGAUAUUAUAUUGAUGCCUUCUUCUGUCAUGCAAUUAAUAACAUUAGAUGAGUAUGAAGUCAACGAUGACCGUCAAGCAAUUUUGUACAUUAUAAACCUGAUGUCUCUGUUUGUUUCCAUAUUUGAUUAAUAAAAUGUUUUGGAGAGCGUUCAGCCUAAUACUUGUGACUUACAGUCUUGCCUUUAUCUACAUUCAGGAGUAUUUGAUUUAAAAAAUAUACCAAACAAAGCAUUUUCUAAAAUCUUUAUUCAUGAACAAUAGUCUUUGACGAUUCAUCUUCAAUAAGCCAGCCAGCAUCGGAUAACUUAUGACUAACCUAUCUAAAAUAAAUCUAUAUCUCAUCACUAGUAGUACUAGAAUGCAACUGAUAUGAUCGAACAAGAUUUUGCUAACUUUUCACAAUAAAUGAAAUAUGAUUAGCUCAUGCGGUAUCCAUGAUACAUAAAAAUUUUUCGAAAAAACUUCAAAAAACUUUUAACUAAUCGUUGGAAAGGAUCAAACUUGGUAUAAAUAAUCAUGGCAACUGUCCUCAAAAUUUGAUAAAAUUAGAUUAAAGAUAUCUCCUUAUCUUUAUAUUUUUAUAUAAUGUUGUCAGAGCUUUUGGCCAGACCUAAGUAGUAAUUCACAAAAAAAUUCAAACGAUAAUUCUAAAUAUAAAAUAAGUUUUCGUCCAGUUAUUCACUUAAUAUAAAUUGAUAGUAGAAGUUGCGUAUGACAGACGAUAAAGAAAGAAAGAAACAAACAAAUGGUAGACAAUCUUGUACAUAAUAGGAUGAAAGUAAUGAACCAAUCAAUAUGUACUUUGUACUACACACCUAUACUAAGGACAUCCCGUGAUAAGUUUUGACGAUCUUUCAUCACACCCGAAAAAAAAUGUUUACCCGCCCGAACCCGUGUAUUUCAUACCCGCUCCGCCCGAGACCCGUGUAUUUCACACCCGCUCCGCCCGAGACCCGUGUCAUUUAAAAAAAUUAUUACCCGCCCCGCCCGCCCGUGUGCCGGAAAAUACCCGCGCCCCGUUAAUCCCGCGUUUAAUUAAAUUUUUCUUCCCCGCCCGCCCGUCGCCACGUGGCCCCGCGAGGCCCGCGGGGUGAACCCCGUGGACCGCACAUCUCUGAUGGGGACGUAAUAUUUUAAAUUUAUUAGUUUGGCGGUGAGACCUUUCAUUUGACCCGAACAUGGUCGAUCAACUCGAUUAACAAUACAGACGGUUCCAUUGUAAGUUCUAAAUAUUCGAAAACAUCAACUACCACUCAGCAGCAGCCAGAAGCAGCCGAAGUUUUUGAGUAUUUUGGCUCUAACACCAUAACUUAUUGGGUAAAUUUGAAUACUUUUUUUUUACUAAAAUGAUCAGCGCAACGAGGUUUACAAAGUUCUACAGACAAAAAAAUCUUCUGAGAACUCUGUGUUAUUUACGGUUGACUACUCAGGGAAGUACCCAUUAAAAAUACAAUUCGCAAACAUUUUAUCGUUGAUAGUUAAGUUCUCUUUAAGAAAAAAACAUCAAUUAGAAUUUAUUGCCAUUAGAAAAGAAUUAGUAUAUAAUAUCAACAUGUUGCUCUCUAUAAUUUUUUUUGUAAGACUGUUUGUGAUAUCUUAGGCAAAUAAACAGAGAUUCAAUGAUAGCAAAGCUUUAUUUUCUUUUUUCUACAGACUAUGUCAAUACUUAUUAUCUAUAUCUUGAUAAGAAUGUAAAUUUUAAAGCAUAAAUAUAAAAUAUUUGUCCUUGCUAUUGGAAAAAUGAAAAAUAAAAUGAGCUUGUAAAAGAAAUGAAUAUUUUUUAUUCCAUCUGUGCCUUGUUUUUUUUUUCAACAUGAAAUACUAAUAAAUUAUAUUCUGUAUACAACUACACUUCUUCAUUGCUCUUAUAUGAAUAAAUGCAAAAUUAUGUGAAAAUACAUCUGUUGGGAAGCAAACAGAGCGUCCUCUAGAAAAUUCUUUAAAAAAAAUGGUGUCAUUUCCAUCUCGAUACUUUCACAUCACGCUUUAAGAAGUGUUUCUGAAUUUUCGUUAUCGUUUGCGAAAUUAUCAAACUUUCAACUCCGUCGAAAUUUCGAAUUAACCGAAAAAUUAUAUCGUGGUUACCAGGCUUGUUUUAAUUAUCUCGAAAAAAAACAUAGAGUUCUCACUUCAAAAGUUGUCAUUCUGUGGAGCGAAUUGAGAAAAAAUGGAAUUUUGUAACAAAGUUUGAACAAAAACUGUACGACUCUUCGAUCAUUUAAAUCAUCACAACACAACAUAGCAAUUUGAGUGGAGGGUCGAGAAAGUAAAAAAAUCGCGAAUGAUUACUAUACAGUGCUUCGCAUUGUAACAAAAGAAAACUCGCGAAGGACUACAUAAAUGCUGUGAUUUGCACUGCAUUAAUAACAUUACUUCUAACCAAUAUUAGUCUGAUUUACACUUAUGCAAAAUUGCUGAUCAAUUGGAUAUGGUAUACGUGUAUACACUUGAUUUUUGUGUACUCAAAAAGUGAGUACACUCUAGAAUCGGUCAGUGUGUCCGGCCGGCCGUCCAUUUACACGAUAACCUUUGAAAGAAUAGUCCGAUUGUCAUGACAUUUUCUACACAGUUUAGUCUUAACAAUAUCUCGGUCGAGUUCGAAGAUGAGAAUGAUUGGCCGAGCCACUGCUGAGUUAUUGCAAAAAUAGCCAUUUUUCCCUAUGCUUCCCUACGAGAAGAUACACCCUUCUCUGUCUUCGUAAAAAACUUUUCCUGUCAUAGUCAAAUAAAACCCCAACUAUUAUAUACCAUUUGAUAGAGAAUUUUACGAGCUACAAAAUGGUAUUUAAAACAUAGGGAAACAAGAAAGUUAACUUACCUAUUGCAAAGAUAAUUAAACGGAAAUCGGUUCUGUGUUUGUCCACGCUCUAAUUGAUCCAUAAAUAGAGCUCUCUCUUCCGAUCACAGAGAUGAUAGUUCGAGGUUUUCUGGGGUGGAGUACUCGAAUCUGUGCUCCAUUCGCCUCGAAAUUCCAUUGGUUGAGCAGUGACCAAUAGAAAUCAAGUUAUAGGAAAAACGAGUUUCUUGGGGUAAAUCAAGAUGAAGAGUUCAAAUCUGAGCUGUAUCUGCCUCCAAAUCCUAUUGAUUGAGCAGUAGCCAAUAGAAAUCAAGUGUUUAUACAAAAGGUUUGCCAGGACAAUUUUGAUGUCCACACAUUCUAGGAUGACUCAUCUGUCUCAUUCACUUUUUGAAGUACACAUAACUCUCGGAUUUAAAUCCGAGGUUUCCACAUUUAUUUAUUACUUAAUAAUUGUUUCGAUAUAAUAAUAUUAAUAUUAAAAAAAAUAUCAUUUUUCUUGAAUAUAAUUUCAUAUUUUAAUGAAACAUUCAAAAUAAAAAUAAAAUCAAUAAAAGAAAAGUUUCUUCGUACAUAAAAGAAUUUGUUUUUUUUCAUAGUAUUAUUAAAAAUAAAAAUAAAUCUUUAAUUGAAUUGUUAAUUCUUAUGAAACGAAUACUUUUAAAAAAUCCUUUCUUUAUUAUAUUUUCAAACUUUUAUUUAUAAAUUUUCUCCAAUGUUAAUUUUAAUAAUCUUCUUUAUUUAUCUUUUUCCAAUCAUCAAAAAUUUUCUUUAAAAUAGAUACUUUAGAAAAACUUAAAUCAGAUAUGUUGUUAUCAGCUCCACAUAUGCAUCCUGAUUAUGUACAUCCUCAUGAAUUAUCUCGUCUCAAAGAAUUUUUAACCAUUAUUAAUUCACAUAUUGAUCGUUAUUCUAAACAUGAAUUAUUUGAAGAUAGUACAAUGCUCCAUCAGCAACAAGACAGUCCUUCAUCUACACUUGUGUUUUAUUAUGAACAAUCUUCUUAUUAA